CAAGAUAACCUAAAAUUCCAAACAAUAAUAAUUUAUUUAUGUAUAUGCUAUAGUUAUUAGCUAAAAGUAUGAGCCGUGAGAACUCUAGGUCGUUAAAGCGUAAACGCUCACCAGCUCCAGAUCGUGAAACCUGCAGAGAUCGGAGCACUGGUCAAGGAUGUUCCAAAAAAUUGGAUACAGAAUUUAGUUUUGAAAAAUACAAGCGGCCUUUAAAUAAAAUAUUACAGUACAGUGAUGAUAGAAACACCAUUACCAACAACUUGGACGACUUCUGGAUAUUUGUUAAGAAGUAUGAAGCCACAUUACGAAAAGCUGGAAAACCAAUCCUUGAUCACCAGAAUGCAGAGGAAAAAGACACUUAUUCCAAGUACAAGUGUAUAAAUUUUACAACUAAAAUGAAAUUUGUUGAUGUAUAUGACGACAGAGACCGUAACAGAUUGGACAAGAAGCUGUUUGAUGCAUUUUUGGAUAUUGUAUCCAUAUAUUUGGACUUUAAAAACAAAGAGAAAUUUGAGAAGCUCAGAAAGUUGCGAAAAACACAAGCAGACCUUCCAGUAGCCAAGUACAGAGAUGUAAUAGUUUCGGCAGUUCAAGAUAACAGGGUGGUGAUUGUCGCCGGAGACACUGGGUGCGGGAAGUCAACACAAGUGCCCCAGUACUUACAUGAAGCUGGAUUUCAAAAUAUAGCUUGCACCCAGCCAAGGAGGAUAGCCUGUAUAUCUCUGUCCAAGCGAGUGGCCUACGAGACUCUCUCACAGUUUGAGACUCACAUUGGGUACCAGAUCAGGUUUGAGAAGAGCAAAACUGCAGACACCAAGAUCUGCUUCAUUACUGAAGGUUUACUUUUAAGACAGAUGUCCUCCGACUCUCUCCCCAGCUACGACGUGAUCAUCCUGGACGAGAUCCACGAGCGCCACCUCAUGGGCGACUUCCUGCUCGGCGUGCUCAAGUGCCUCGUGCACACCCGGACGGAUAUCAAGCUCGUGCUCAUGUCCGCUACUAUUAAUAUAAAGUUGUUUGAAGAUUACUUUGCGGCUGAGAGUGCUGCUGUUAUUCAGGUUCCAGGCAGGCUGUACCCGAUAGACCUGCACUACAAGCCGAUCUUCAUCGAGGGCAAACCGACGAGGGACGACCGCCUCGACCCGCAGCCGUAUGUUCAGAUCAUGCAGCUCAUUGAUGAUAAGUACCCGAGCGAUGAAAGAGGCGACGUGCUGAUAUUCAUGUCGGGCGUGCAGGAGAUCACCAACAUCUGCGACGCGGCGCAGCAGUACGCCGACAAGAGCCAGAAGUGGAUCGUGCUGCCGCUGCACAGCGGACUGUCUGUAGCUGAACAGGACAAGGUUUUCCACUAUCCACCAGAGGGCAUCAGGAAAUGUAUAGUAUCAACGAACAUAGCGGAAACUUCAGUCACUAUUGAUGGCAUACGAUUUGUCGUGGAUUCUGGAAAGGUGAAAGAGAUGAGUUACGACCCCACCACCAAGAUGCAAAGGCUGAAAGAGUUUUGGAUUUCGCAAGCCAGCGCUGACCAGAGGAAAGGAAGAGCCGGGAGAACAGGCCCCGGCGUAUGCUACCGCAUAUACUCCGUGGAACAAUUCAACGCCAUGGACCGCUUCAGCACGCCGGAGAUAGCUCGAGUGCCGCUAGCCAGCCUCGUGCUGCUGAUGACGUCACUGGGCAUGAGCGACGCGCGCCGGUUCCCGUUCGUGGACAAGCCCCCGGGUGAGGUGCUCGAGAAUGCACUGUUGGAGUUGAAACAACAUGGGGCCUUAACACCGAAUGAAAAGCUGACGCCUCUAGGCAAGGCCCUAGCUAAUCUACCCGUGGAGGUGCCACUAGCUAAAGCCCUAGUCCUGGGCAGUGCCACGUUACCUCCCCAUCAGAGAGAUUCGGCGCUAGCCCUGGCCGCUGGGCUGGGUAUACGGUCUAUCUUCACUACAAGGGCGCAUAGGGAUUUUGAAUGCGAGAACGCCCGUAAACCAGACGAGUCCGACCGUGGGGACCCCCUAACCCUGCUCUCUCUGUACUGCUCGUGGCUGGCAGUGAAGCGGGCGGGCAGCGGCCGCGCGUGGUGCAAGCGAAGAGGCAUCGAGGAGCAGAGCCUGUAUGAGAUGACCAAGUUGCAUGCGCAACUGCAGAGCUUGUUACGGGACAGCAACUUGAUAGAAGCGCCGGAGCCCGAGUCGAUGUCAUCAGCGGAGCGUGCGCAGAGGCACGGGCAGAUGAAGCAUUUGAGGGACUUGAAGAGAAAAUACAAGCAGCAAUCGGCGGAAGACCUCAAGAAGAAGAAGCGCCUGAAAUUCAACAGCUACGAAAUCGUCGACGAAGACAAAGAGGACGACAACACCAUAGACAUUAAGGACAUAGAGUUCCGUAUGAGCAACGAUGCUGGGAGGCUGGCGGGGCUACUGAGCGCGGGCGGGGGGCGGCAGCUGAUGACGCUGCAACUGUUGCUGGCUCGAGCCUUGUAUCCGAACCAGGCUGUGCCCGACAAUCAUAACCAUUGCAAGUCAGUCUCCGAGCAACUCUUCCACACAUACCACAAGCCGUAUGUCUUCCUUCACCCGACGAGUUACUUCGGCAAGAACCCUCGCGCGGUGCAACUGACGGACGACGAGGUGAUGGACAAGCCGCCCGGGUAUAAGAGCAACCUGCCGCUGUCCGGGAAACAUCAGCUGUUGUGUUACUUAUCUCUGCUAGAAACGACGAAGCCCUACGUGGUGAAUUCAAUGCGUAUGCCGGCGGCACAGACCCUGCUGGUGCUCGCGCAUAGCAUCGACACUAACAUGGGAUUUACUAGAUUGGUAUGUGAUUCGUGGCUUCUUCUAGAAUUUCCAUAUCCUGACUCCGGUUUGAAUUUACUGCUGAAAGCCACUAAAGUGAGACAGAAAUGGGACUACUUGAUUAAUCGCAGACUAGCCGAUGCAAACACAGAAAAAUCUGUAGAGUCGGAGCUAGAAAAGGCUAAAAAUAUUCACAAAAAGUCUUACGAUGAAUUACAACACGAAUUAUCGUGUGACAUCGGAUCUUAUAUGACCACUGAAGUGUACUAUACUAUUAAGAGACUUUUACCGGGAGAUUUAAAAGUUAUGUACUAUGGAGCGGACGAGGAAUCGACGCAAGCUAAUAUAGACCCUAACCCGUUUGAAGAGGGUUACGAAUGCCAUCCACACGAGAAGAAAGGAGGCGUUUAUGUGACGGAUAAUAUUAUUUAUAACUGUGUGGUCGACACAGAAUGGAGUGCGAAUAACUACAACGAACUACACAACAUCCCUUGGGAGUGCCCCGAAUGCUCCCUAACCCUCUGUCUAUCGCCAAUAGAGAAACUACAACACAAACAUUUCAUCUGUACUUCUAGAAACAUCCAGAAGGAACCAGAAGCUUCGACGAGCAAAAGGGAAAAUAAACCCAAUGCCAAGGAGUAUAAGUGUGAAGUUUGUUCGCAGGAUUUGUACCUGACGCCUGUCGAGAUUUUAAAACAUAAGAAGAGUUGUAAGAGAUAAUUAAUAAAUGUAUGAUGUAAGUAA